AUGAUGGAUUAUGAUUUGAAAAAUCAUAAAACAAACGAUUUAGAUAUACCCAAUGUUUGGCGAUGUUUACAAAGUGAAUCAUUUAAGACUGAUACUGAAAAUAUUCGAGCUAUAAAAGGUUUAGAAUAUCAGUUAAAACAAAUACCAGUAUUGUUCUUAGCAGAAAUGGAAAACAAUGAUUUGUCCGGUGAUUUUUCGAAACUUAUCAAAUGUGUAGAUUCGACGUUAAACAAACGUUCUGAUGAUGUGACACAGUUCUUAUCGAACUGUACGAAUUUGGAUGAAGCAAAUGAAAAUCAAGUAGCUGAGUAUUCUUUAGCUAAAAAGAUCUAUUUAUCUAUGCCAAACAGUCAAAUGACAACAAUUGCUCCUACUAAUCAAUUACGUCUUCAUGAUCAUCAUACACAUGAUUAUCGUUAUGUCGCCUCGAAUGUGUACAUUGCCUAUGUUCAUUGUACUGAAGAAGAAAUUCAAAAAUCUGAAGAACAAUUAAUUAAACUCAAAGAUGAAUUAGGAUCAAAGUAUCGUUUUGCCACAUAUGAAAACUAUAAAUUUCUUGAUAAUUUUUCUUUAAUUAUCGAUACAAUAAAGAAAAAUUCAAUUUAUUCUAUUGUUUAUUGUUGUUGUUAUUAUAUUGAUCAUUCUAUAAAAGAUAUUUUAUCAACAUAA